AUGGCUUCUAAGAGCGUCUUGAUUGUGGGGGGAAACCGCGGCAUCGGCCUCAACCUGCUCAAGGCGUUCGUCGCCGAAUCAUGGAACGUAACCGGCACAGUCCGACCCCAAACACGUCGUGAUGACGACCCCAGCAUCGCGGAUCUUGAGAAAACUGGUGCCAGAAUCCUCGAGAUCGACUACCUCGACGAAAGCACCAUCGAGAAGGCCGCCAUCGCCUAUGGAAACAAGCCUCUUGACCUGCUCAUCAACACAAACGACAUGUUGGUGGAGAAAUACCGCGUCAUGGCCGUUGGCCCACUGCUCACCAUCAAGCAUUUCCUUCCCAAGUUGGAACAGGCUCCCGGCGCAAAGAUCGUGAAUAUCUCGUCGGCAUUUGGGUCAAUCUCCACCAACUCCUUCGGGACGUUUAUGGCGUACCGUAUCGCCAAAGCCGCUUUGAACCAAGGCGCCGUCACCAUGGGACGUGAGUGGGAUAAGGAAGGCCGAAAGGUGACCAUGAUCUGCGUCGAGCCUGGUUUCUUGUCUACACGGUUGACUGGAUGGGACGGCGUGGAUAACAUGGACAAGGGUAUGAACUCAAGAAGCUCACGGCUCGAGCGAGGCAGCAGGCUUGUAUCCAUCAGUGUCUCAGCACCGUGGCUGGAUGGCUAG